GACGGAGCAGGGUGUCGACUGUCUCGCUCGUCCAGCGCUCGAUCUCGUGGCUGUGUUUUGAUCACUGAAAUAAGAAAGAAUGGUCGAGGUUCACUCAGAGACAGGGCAUGCUUUUGCUCUGCGAUCUCCCUAAAAAAAAACCUGACUAAAAUGAUUAGCUGGUUCGGUGGAACAUAAAUUACUGUAGCAAAAUAAGCAUCUGAAAGUACUCGGCCGAGAAAAGGUGCAAAGACGCCGCUAAUUACAGGCAGGCUCCUUGAAAAACCAAGUCGGGAUUUUUCACACGGGAAAAGGGUCAUCUGGAGUUUUGGAUCCAACUCGCCAUCAACGGAACAUUGGUCUAACUGAGCUUCCAGACUUCAAAGCGGAGAGAAUGGAGACCCGCAACGCCGCCGCGUGACAUGACCUCGACCUCACACCAUGGGCAUGGAGUCCUGGAGACCUAACCCCCUGGCGCCGCCCUUCGUCCCUCGGUCUUCAGACGUCUACGGGCGUUCGCUGGCGUCCUCCGCCGGCGCCUACCUCCUCCUCCAGCGCCAGAGGCAGCCGCCAUUGUUGUCCCGCGGAAGGAGAUUGGCCAAGCUGGUGCAGGGAGGCCUGAUGGUGGUCCUGAUAGUGACGAUUCUCAUCAAUGUGUCUUUCAUCGUCGACAAGACGAGGCAACUAAGGGCACCGUCACCGAAAAGAGGUAGCGACGAACAGGCAGAAAACGAAUGGAAGGCAAAUAAUGGAGGAGGAGGAACGGGAGGAAGAGGGGGAGGAGAGGGAGGAGGAGGAGGAGGAGGAGGAGGCGGAGUCAACGUCGGGAGGAGGAACAACCUCCGCCUUCAGGAGUCUCCCCCGAAGACUCUUACCGUCGACGUCGUCUCAAGUCAGACACGAGUAACGGUGACUGUGGAUGGUGCUACAAUCGUCGAGGAAGGCGACGGUAAAAAAGGCAGAGGAAUCCACGUGGUGGUUCUGCACCAGGCCAGCGGAGCAGUCAUGGCCCAGAGAGUUUUCGACACCUAUUCCCCACAUGAGGACGAGGCCAUGACGCUAUUCUUGAAUAUGAUUUCUCCCGGACGGAUAUUAGUGCUGGCUAUCAAGGACGAAGGAACCUUUCAGAUGAAGAGCGGAGGGCGUGACGCCCUGCGCCGCUUGGGCAGUAACCACGCCUACAAGUUGGGCUGGCGAGACAUGUGGGCAUUUGUAGGGGUCAAAGGUGGUAGGAUGUACGGAGAACAGCUGUCACACAGUCCAGACUUCAACACCUGGGGUUCACCUGUUCUGCUGAGGGCAGAAGUGCCCUUGGUAACGCUUGAAGAAAGCGAGUGUGACUGGUCAGACACUGAGGAACAUCGGCGCAGGCGCGAGUUCUGCAGCCACAUUGAGGGAUAUGGCUCCGUUUGUUCGUGCACGGAUCCCGCGCCUUUGGAUUUUACGACAGAGCCGCUCCUGAACAACCAGGUGCAUGAUGUUCCUGUGGCAAUUAUCGCCAGCAACCGUCCACAUUACCUGUACAGAUCUUUACGCUCACUCUUAGCCGCUCCAGGAGUGAAUCCAGAUAUGAUAACGGUCUUCAUUGACGGUUAUUAUGAGGAACCGCUGGCCGUUACCAAACUCUUCGGCUUGAGAGGAAUACAACACACACCUCUAGGAGCGAGAAAUGCCCGCAUAGCACAGCACUACAAAGCGUCCCUCACUGCAACCUUCAACAUCUUCCCGUCGUCACAUUACGCAAUUGUACUCGAGGAGGACCUAGACGUAUCCCCUGACUUUUUCAGUUAUUUCAGCCAGACCCUAAGGCUCCUGGAAGAGGACCCCACAGUGUACUGCAUCAGCGCCUGGAACGACCAAGGUUACGAGCAUACCAGUGGCGACCCAGCGCUCCUGUACAGAGUGGAAACCAUGCCCGGACUUGGCUGGGUACUGAAGAGGUCUCUGUACAAAGAGGAACUCGAGCCUAAGUGGCCUACGCCUGAGAAGAUGUGGGACUGGGACAUGUGGAUGCGCCUGGAUGACAUCCGUCGAGGGAGAGAGUGCGUAGUUCCCGAUGUCUCGAGGACCUAUCACUUUGGAUCGUCCGGACUCAACAUGAAUUCUUAUUUUCAAGAUAUUUACUUCAAGAAACAUUCGUUCAAUACUUUACCUUACGUCGAACUGAAGGAUUUACAUAGGCUCAAAAAGGAAUCUUACGAGGAGCUGAUCCACGAACUGCUGAGACGGGGAACGGCGUAUACACAGAACCCGUGCGAGGCAGACUUCACGCCUGAGACGUCGGGUCACACUUAUCUCCUCUUCAUUUACAUGGCCCAUGGCAAAGACUUCAUGACCUGGCUUCAGGUAGCCAGAUGUUUGCGAAUCUGGGAUCUAGACGGGCGUGGCUUCCACAACGGAAUGUGGAGGUUAAACAUUAAGCUGAAUUACUUGCUCAUCAUUGGUUACCCUUUUUCAAGUUACUCGAAAUAUAAACCACCCAACGUGACGCCGCUGUACAUCAACUCUAAAGAGAAGGAAAAGGAAAAAGGUACCACGAAGGAGAGGAAAAACGAACAGAGAUAACAGUUAACUGUCGCAGUCGCGCCAUUAGGCCUAGGUCAUGAUUGCAACCAGUCGUAAUGCCUUCUUUCAUUUUACAUAAUAUUAUAUAUAAUAUAUGUAUAUGUAUGUAUGUAUGUAUUAUUUAAACUGUACUGCUUUUACGCCAUGAAGUUAACAUCACAUUAUGACAAAUAGCCAACUCACCAUUAAUUUUUCAUAUUCUUUGUCCAUGUAGGGAAAAAAAACUGACAAAAAUAAAUUUCCCUCUACAGUGACGGAAACGUUCCACUAUUUUCCCGAACACUGAUAAUGACAGGAAAAAAAAACUGGCAGAAUAUUUUCCCGUACAAUGACAGAAUCUUUCCAAGGUUCAUACAGUCUUCCAGCAUUUUAAAUGCAUUAUAUGUGCCAUACAAUGCACUUACGUAAUACACAAACACAACUGAAUCUGAGAGAAUUGUACGAUCAUUCAUUGUGCAGUUAUGGUCAAUUGCAUGAUUAGUUUGCAAAGUAGCAAUUGUCAACGAUGUCGAUUUGAUCAUUGUCAGUGUAGUUCUCGGAUACCAUAACAGUAGUAGUUUGUAAAGUAGUUGUGUUAGAUUGCUAGUUGUCAUAGUACGUUGAAUGAACCGGUAUGCCUACAUGAAUAUAACACACGUGUGUACGUGAUUAUUUCUUUUAAUGUAUAUGUAUGUAUGUACACACAUAUAUACAUACAUACAUGGGUAUAUGUAUAUAUGUAGGUAAAAUAUAUGUAUGUAUAUACAGUAUACAUAUAUACACGUUUGCA